UGUGUCAACGCGCGCGCGCGCGCGCGUCCGUCCGUCCGUGCGUCUCAUUCACAGCGCGCAUCGUGAGCACGCAGCCACUCUGCGUGAUUGUUGCACCCUGGCUGCGCGUCUGUCCGUCUGUCUGCGUGUGUGUGUGUGUCCAUUGUUGUGUAUGCGCGCGCGUGUGUGUGUGUCUAUCAGGCCGUUGCGUGUCUCUGUACAAGACGCACGGUGCAGCUGGCUGACUGAGCCGCUGCGGCUGCGGCUGUGGUUGCCGGCGAUAAGUUGCAAAUGCGAGACGCGGAAAAACUCUGAAGAGCAGCAAGGGCGACAAGAAUAACAACGACAACGACAACACACAUAUCCUGAGAGCAAGUCACCGUCGGCGACGAGACGAAGACAAACUCGGACGAGAGAGGCGAGAUGAUCACACUCUGAGCCACAGCAGCGAAGAGACGAGAGGAUGACGAGACCGCGAUAAGAGAAAGGCAACGAGACGCAGGGAAGUGGAUAUUGUUUUGCUACGCGCGUGUAUAUUUAAUGUAACAUUGGGGGAAUACAAUUUUAACUCGCUUUUUAAAAAUAAAAAUUCUUCCGGCACGCUGCUAUCAGUAGGAAGGGCUGGCUGGGAGGUGCGUUGGGAUUACUCGGCAUAAGGCACUAUCACUGCGACAGUGCCAAUAUUAUUCCCGGAACGCCGUUCCGCCACUGUUCCAGGUGCAAUUGAGCAGCUGUGUAUAAUUCAAGGGGAAAUGACUCACGGCGCGACCACUGACGGAUAGCCACAGUGGUUGAAUGAACGAAUGGGUGGUCAGAAUCAGUGAGGUUGUCAACAUAGAACGCUCUUUGACAGAUUUAAUGGUAUUUCUGUUCUCCACUAUCGGGUGCUUUGUUAUUGAUGUUUUACAUAUAUAAUUGUUUUUUUUCUAUAAAGACAAGUCUUCGGGAUAUUUAAUAACAGUGAACGCUGAAAUAAAACACGUGUCCACUUUGCAGUAGAUGGCGCACUUUGACGAGCAGUCGUAUCAAUGAUAAUGACAACGAUUCUCAUUGAUGUGGUGCUCGGUAGCAAUUAGCGUACGCAAGUCACUCUGGUCUCGAACCGCUGCGUCGUGUGCGAUACGGCCUUCUCGUUCCGGCCAACGCUGGGUGGUAGGCUUCAGAUGAGGUCCAGCAAUGGUACCCGCAGAAGGCGGCAACAGCAAGCGCAGGGAACGCUGACCUCGUGCCCAUGUUGAACUUCUUUCACACCGCCCUUAGCCAACCGUGCCAAUCGGAAGUGCGGGGCCUCUCUCUGUUGCAGUGAAGUCUCGAGGGGCGCUACGUGGGCGCUAUCUCCUCGAGUGCCUGGCGGGGUCUUCUCCGUGAACAUUCAGGGCCGAUGUCAUUGGCUCGCGUUGUAACGUCUCCGACCUCACGGGUACUGCCUGAGGUGCAUAAGCAUUGCGAAGAUUUACAUCGUGCCUCGAAGAGGAUGAAGCUUGAGUCACACGCUGAUAACAAACUCAUCUGUCGAUUGAGCCAUACAUACAUCGAUCGAAUCCUCCAUCCACAAUACCAUCGAUCUAGCCAUCCAUCCAUCUAUCUGUCUAAUCCUCCAUCCACAAUAACAUCGAUAUAGCCAUCCAUCCAUCUAUCUGUCUAAUCCUCCAUCCACAAUACCAUCGAUCUAGCCAUCCAUCCAUCGAUCUGUCUAAUCCUCCAUCCAUAAUAACAUCGAUCUAUCCAUCUAUCUAUCUAAUCCUCCAUCCAUAAUAACAUCGAUCUAGCCAUCCAUCCAUCUAUCUAUCGAAUCCUCCAUCCACAAUACCAUCGAUCUCGCUAUCCAUCCAUUCAUUCAUAUAGCCAGCCAUCUAUCCAGCCAUAUAUAAUAUACAUCUAGCUAUCCAACGAUCGAGUCACCCAACUAUCUAGCCAUCCAUUCAUUCGUCUCGCCAUUCAUUCAUCCAUACAUACUUCUAUCGACCGUUCAUCCAUCCGUGUUUCCACCAUUCAAAUCCUCUGACUUCACCUGCGACUCAAGUGCAGCUCCGAGAUUUUAGUUUUGUACAUGAAGACGGAACGCGUCAACGCACACGACUGGACGCAGCCCUGCGUGCUGAGCACACACACGCACACACACGCGCACACACGCACGUGCACGCACACGCACACGCGCACACACACAUACGCACGCACGCGCGCGUCCGGAGAAGUUGAAUGAAGAGCCAAAACGCACGGGAUGAAUUAACACGAACGGGCAGGCGCUGCGUGUGAAACUCUGGAAUACUUCACGUGACCGGCGAGACGUGCCAUGAACGUAUAAUCAGAUCGACGAUGUAUAACAAAUAUCAUUAGCGGUUAAAAAUGCACACAUAUAUACAAUGUAUAUGUGGAACCAGUAAUUUGCCGGAGAAGACCACGUUCGGAAGAUUUCAAUGCAAGGACAUUUCAUUCAAGUAAAUCUCACUUGAACAAUUGCGAUACAUACGUUGGUAUUUCGUCGUCGUUGCUGUUGAGCAGAUGAUAGACUUCGGUUGACACCGCCACACCUACAGGAAAGCGAGUGUGAGACGUGAGCAAUGAGCACGUUACUCCUCGCCAUCAUCGCCUCUUGGGCUUUCAUCUUGCCGCCAACCGUGCAAGACUCAUGCCCGGCGCCGUCGAAUGUGUCGCGGAUGAACUCGUACCUGUGGAGCGUGUCGCGGCACCCGCCCGCGUACCUCUUCGGCACCAUCCACGUCCCGUACACGCGCGUCUGGGACUACGUGGCGCUCAAUGCCAAGCGCGCCUUCUCCUCCAGCGAGCGCGUCUACCUCGAGCUCGACGUCUCCGACCCGCACACCGUCUCCGAGUUGGCCCGCUGCCAGCUGCUGCCCCGCGGGCAGAGCCUGCCCUCCCUGCUGCCCCGAGAGCUCUACCUGCGUCUCAAGCGUCACCUGGCGUACGUGAGACGGCGGCUGCUGGGCUGGGGGGCUCGAGAGGGGGGCAGCCGCAGGAGGGACCCCCUCCUCGUGAGCCUCUCGGGCGGCGAGUGGCGUCGCAAGCGCCCCAUCUGGCUCCUCCUGCUCCUGCCCUGGCUCAGCGAGGCGGCCCUCAGAGCAUCCGCCCGGGAAGGAGGAGCAGGAGGAGGAGGAGGGAGUCACUCGCCCCCUCUGCUGGACGUGCACCUGGCGCGCGAGGCCGCGCGCGCGCGCAAGCACCUGGGCGCCGUGGAGCUCGUCCACGAGCAGUGCGCGCCGCUCAACCGCCUCAGCACCGCACAGGUGGUGUUUGCACUCAAUCAGUCGCUGUCGCAGCACGAGAGCGUGCGGGGCCUGUGGGAAGCGCGGGGAGGAGUGGGGGGCCCCUGGGAGGAGCCCCCCACUCCGAGCACGGAGCAGCUCAUCCAGCACUACAACUGCGGUGACCUCACGGCCUUCGUGUUCGGGCAAAACGCUUCGCAGGUACGUAGGCACACACGCACGCACACCAAAGACAAAGAUCCCCCGUAUAGCCUUGAACAGACUGUUGGGGCAAGUGCUGUUAGCGAGCACAUGCACGCACGCCCGCCCAUCGAGAGAUGA